CGCAUGCGCUGUACAUCUGCAUAGUGGGGCGACGCAACUGUCCCACUCAUAGCUACAGAUCAAAAUAGCUGGUUAACAGAGAGAAAAAAGCUCUUGGAGUUGGAUACGCUUCCUUCUUCAACUUGCAUUCGUUACAACCUGUCUCACAACUCCGUGGACACCCAGACAAAGAAGACAAUCUAAACCGAAACUAUUGACACAAUUACGCCGUCAGAGACUACAAAUACUAACUUCUCAAGCUCAGUCCAAUGGCGGCACCGUGUGUUACCAAGGUGGAGCUGACAGUCUCCUGUGAACAUCUGCUGGACUUGGAUGUGAUGUCAAAAUCUGACCCUCUGUGUGUCCUGCUUAUGAAUCCAUCUGGAAACCAGUGGUUUGAGGUUGAUCGCACAGAAAGAGUUAAGAACUGCCUGAACCCAAAAUUUGCCAAGAAGUUUGUCGUCGACUACUACUUUGAGAUCGUUCAGAAACUCAGAUUCAGCAUUUUUGAUAUCGACAAUAAAACCAUUGAUUUAAGUGAUGAUGACUUCCUGGGUGAGGUGGAGUGCUCUUUGGGUCAGAUUGUUUCCAGUAGCAAGCUGACGAGGCCUUUGGUGCUAAAAAACAAAAAACCUGCAGGAAGGGGAACUAUUACGAUCUGUGCAGAGGAAAUCAAGGACAACAGAGUUGUGAAUUUUGAGGUGGAGGCUAGAAAACUGGACAAAAAGGAUUUCUUUGGAAAAUCAGACCCCUACCUGGAGUUUUACAGGCAGACGGGAACAGGCUGGCAGCUUGCACACAGAACAGAGGUGGUGAAGAAGAACUUGAACCCCAGCUGGAGACCUUUCAAAAUCCCUCUCCAGUCUCUCUGUGGUGGGGACAUGGAGAAACCGAUCAAGGUCGAAUGUUACGAUUAUGACAACGAUGGAUCUCAUGAUUUAAUAGGGAUUUUUGAGACCACUUUGAAACGCUUGCAAGAGGCUUCUCGCACAUCUCCGGCAGAGUUUGAGUGUAUAAACAGCAAGAAAAAACAGAAAAAGAAAAAUUAUAAGAACUCUGGAGUCGUGAGUGUGAAAGUUUGUCAGAUUACCAGAGAAUACACUUUUCUAGACUACAUCAUGGGAGGCUGCCAGAUAAAUUUCACUCUGGGCAUCGACUUCACAGGGUCAAAUGGUGACCCCAGGUCACCUGAUUCCUUACACUACAUCAGUCCUCAAGGUGUGAAUGAAUACCUCUCAGCCAUCUGGUCAGUUGGGCUUGUGAUCCAGGAUUAUGACAGUGACAAAAUGUUUCCUGCGUUUGGGUUUGGUGCCCAGAUACCACCUAACUGGCAGGUGACGCAUGAGUUUCCUCUCAACUUCAAUCCCUCAAAUCCAUUCUGUGCAGGUAUUGAGGGUGUGAUACAGGCCUACAGGAUGUGCCUUCCUCAGGUCAAACUUUACGGCCCAACAAACUUCGCCCCCAUCAUUACACAUGUGGCUCGUUUCGCACAGGAGGCGUUACAACAGAACACGGCAUCGCAAUACUAUGUUCUGCUGAUAAUCACUGACGGAGUGAUCACAGACAUGGAUCAGACACGGACAGCCAUAGUCGCUGCCUCCCACCUGCCCAUGUCUAUCAUUAUUGUGGGCGUGGGCAAAGCCGACUUCACAGACAUGGAGAUUCUGGAUGGAGAUGAUGGACUACUGAGGUCUAUUACCGGAGAGUCUGCCGUACGCGACAUUGUGCAGUUUGUGCCCUUCAGAAAGUUCCAGAACUCUCCUAAAGAGGCUCUCGCUCAGUGUGUUCUUGCGGAGGUUCCUGGUCAGGUCGUCACUUUUUAUAGCAUGAUGAAGCUUCCUCCUCCAAACAGUAACACUCCAGCAGCCACUCAACAGGGGCCGACACAGAACUGAGGGGCCCGUUCCGUUCCCUUAUACUACACAUAACUCCCAACUGAAGAACUGGACACACCUCCAUUUUGCUGACCUAACACUAUGCUUUCUUAAAGAAACACCACCUUUAAAAUGAUACAGCUGCCUUGCACAAGCCUUAUUUCUUCAAAGUGAUCUUCUAAAUGAAAUACUUUAUUAUAAGUCUUGUUAGGACUGCAUACUUAGGAAAAGUAAGGUUGAAAGUAUCCUCAAUGAUGAAGAAAUAUUCGGGUAGAAGGAGGAAAACUAUCCCUGUUAAAUUCCAGGAAACUUUGCUGAAGAAAACAGUGUUGCAGGUGAGAUGGCAGAACACAAUGGCGGUAUGAAGGUAUUUAACUCCUCGUGAAUCUUGUUUACAAGUCAGCAUUAUGAUUUUUUUUUUUUUACUAUCAUGCCAUUCUCAUAUUUUAUGCAUUUCAAAUGUUUUAUAUCGGUAUGCGAUUUUUCUUUAAACAGUGCCUGACUCACAAAGCAUUUUGCAGAGCCACAUUGCCAUGUGUUUUAGACACGUAACAUAGAUAGUAAUAAUGUGUCUGUAUUGUGCCCAAUUGUUUGUUGAUUUACACAGAUUAUGCUUUUAUAAGCCAAGCUUUACUUAAGGCCAGACUGCAGAUAAAACUAAAGACAUUGGAACAUUGCUUAGACUCAUCUAAUAGAUUCAGUGUUGGAUAUAAAGUUAAUGUAUACAGAUGAAAGCUACUAUCUAGCUACUAUCGGGCCGCUGAAUGCGCUGUGCAUGAAUACAGAAAAAUAAAUAUGCAAAAUAAUCAACUGUUCAGAUCCGUAUUAACUAUGUUUGAGAUCUAAGACUAUUUUGUUUGGUGUAAGAUGCUGUCUUACAAUACCACCACAAGCCCUUAGAAGCAGUUAAUUAGAUCAUCAUAAUUAUAUUUUAAUUUAUAUAUAUUUUUUUAAUCAGACAACUUGUGCUUGCAUGUAGGGUACCUUGUGUAAUGUCAACACUAUUGUAUGUGCUUUUUUUAGUGAGCACCAUCUCUGUCCCUGUAGCAUGUUUUGUGCCAAGUAAAUAAUAAAAAAAAUAUGUAAACAUA